CAUGUUGCAAAAUGGUCUAUUCUUUCUUAUAAUCUGGUAUUGUUUAAAUACAACUGAGACCGCCGCAAAUUGGAAUUUCAUUUUAAGUUUUCCCCAGUUAAUCUGUAAACCAAUUAUACCUCAAGUGAUAAAACGACUUGAAUGUUCCUAUAGCCAAUUGGGACCAAAUCAAUUUUCCGGCAGUGGUUUGGUAAUGCUCAAUCAACAGUUGGGUACAGAAUUCGAUGUCCAUGUUAAAGUGACCAUCAGAACUCAUGGGAAAUAUCUAAAAUUCCUAGAUCUGAAACUCAAUGUAUGUGAUACUUUAAAAGCAAGCAUGUCUGUACCUCUUAUUAGAAAACUUUACAAUAAUGUCCUUCAAAGCAGCAAUUUUCCCCGCAAAUGUCCAGUGAAGGCGAAUGUUCUCUACAAUAUUUCCAAUUUGAUUGUCGAUAGAUCGUACUUUCCCAAAUAUACUCCGUCUCCCAUGGAUUUUAAUUUUUCAAUCGACUACUUUGUUAAUGAAAAGAAAUUUGCCAUGCUUCUAUUAGAAGGCACUACUGUGCCAGUUCGUAUGAAAUGA